AUGCCAUUGCACUCGCGCGGUUCGCCGCCAGAGCCGGGCCGCAAAAAUAUCACCAUUAUUCACCCGGACCUCGGAAUCGGCGGCGCAGAACGACUCAUCCUUGAUGUUGCCCUCACGCUCCAGACGCGUGGACACCGCGUCACGAUCUAUACGUCGCACCGCGACCCAAGCCAUUGCUUCGAAGAGGCCAGAGAUGGAACGCUGGAUGUAAAGAUCAGGGGCAAUACGAUCUUCCCCGCGCAUGUGAAGGGGCGGUUGCAUGUGCUCAUGGCCGUCCUGAGGCAGCUGCACCUCGUUGUAGAAUUGGUGCUGGAGAGACGGAGGAACAACGGAAUCCGCGGAGACAGCACGGAUGAAGAAAAGACGGGCGAUGAUGUGUUCAUUAUUGAUCAGGUCCCGGCCUGCGUUCCGGUGUUACGCCUCUUCGCGUCAGACAUCUUCAGCAGCGUACGAGCCAAAGGUCGAGAGCGCAUCUUGUUCUAUUGUCAUUUUCCAGAUCAACUACUUGCGCGACGCGAUGAAGGGAGUCUACUACUGCGACGGCUGAAGGGUCUUUAUCGAUACCCAUUCGACUGGUUUGAAGGCUGGGCGAUGAGCGGCGCGGAUACAAUCGUUGCGAAUUCCAGGUUUACUUGCGGAGUGGUGAAACAGGUGUUUGGAAACGGCCUAGGCAACGUGAGGGUACUCUAUCCUUGCGUCGACACAUCCCCCAAACCUCUGGAGCAGGAGCGUGGACAGCUGCCUCACGGGGAGGGCCCGCUAUGGGACGGACAGAAGAUUCUCUUGAGUAUCAAUCGGUUUGAGAGAAAAAAAAAUAUCGAGCUGGCCAUCAAAUCAUACCAUGCGUUAGGGGAUGGCGAUAGGAAGGGAACAAGAUUGGUUAUUGCUGGGGGGUACGAUAAUCGCGUGCAGGAAAAUGUGCAAUACCAUCGAGAGCUAGACUCCCUCGCGUCAAGCCUCGGUCUUCAGACAGCUACGUCUAAAACGGUCGUGUCUGCCCUCUCGAUCCCAGAAUCUAUCGACGUCCUUUUCCUCCUCUCCGUUCCGUCAGCAUUCAAACAAACGCUACUUGCCUGUGCCACGCUGCUGCUUUAUACUCCAUCACAUGAACAUUUCGGCAUCGUUCCCGUCGAAGCCAUGCAUGCCGGGCUCCCAGUGCUCGCCGUAAAUACAGGCGGGCCAUUAGAAACUAUAUCGGAGGGCGAAACAGGGUGGCUGCGAGAUGGUGACUCCAUUGAGCAGUGGACGGAAAUAAUCAAGAAAGUGUUGCGAGGCAUGGAUGCCAACGAGCUCGAACGGAUGGGCAAACGUGGCCAGGAACGGGUGGAACAGCACUUCUCUCUGCGUGCGCUGGGAGACCGGCUGGAGGAAGAGAUUGGCAACAUGACCCAGUCGCCGAGGUCGACGUUCAUGGGCGCUCAGCAGAUAAUUGCGAUCCUCGCGUCGAUUGGGCUGGGAGCUGCAGUGCUGGCUGUGAUGGCGCUCAGCGUCGGCAGCAGGCGAUGA